AUGCUGUCGAGCAGGGACCGGGCCGCACUGGCCUUCCGCACCGCUGUCGCGGUGCUGUUGGUGGCAUUUGCUGGAUGGCUGCUUAUUCGGCCGCUGGGAAUUCCGCAGAUGUCGACCACGGGGCUGGCCGUGAUCUUGGCCUUCCUCGCGCCGGCAGCCCGACGUGGAGAAAGCUGUGCCGCUGGGCUCACCUGGGCAAUGUCGACCAUCCUCUUAUUUCCCACUGGCGUUGCGACUUGUUACCUAUGCUUCCUAGUGGGUGGCAUGCAGUGGCGCCCAUGGCUGGUGUGUAUAUGCAUGGGCGCCACAGCGAGCCUUGUUGUGAUUUGGGCAGCAGUGGCGGCUGAGUUGCAGGCGCCGAAGCCACUGUUGGCUGGGAAUGCAGCGGCGGUCGUGCUGGCACUGCUGAUGCCCGUCAUAGCGUUGAGCCCAACAUCGCAUGAGCAGAUGCUCGUGCUCGGCGCAAGCAUGUGCCUGUCGAUCUUGGUCGGAACGUUAAGCGGCCUAGCUGUUAGCUACCUGCCCUGCGGAUUGGGUGCGACGCCUGCACACGAGCAGGUGCCGUGUUUGACUGCGGCGAAGCUGGCGGCAUUGGCCGAGACCUUUGAGGCCGCCGCCAUAUUUCAGCUGCCGACGAAGGCUGCGCUGCAGCGUCAUCGCCAGUGCCGCCUGAAGCUCCUAAGCUCCGGAGAGCAGCUGGCGGCCGCGAUGAAGUCCGCAAGCUUCGAGGCGACGGAGCUUCGGAUCUUGGAGAAGGAUGAGAACAGCCCAGAGCAGGGGGAGGACCCGUCGAAAGUGCUGCUGAAGCUUGCGGAGCGGUGCCGCUUGGCCUUGCAGAUGAAAUCGAGCAUGCUCUGUGCUGGCUUCAGCAAUAUUACCUUGGAUUCGUUUUACCGGGGAGUUAUGGGUGAGCGACUGCGUGAUGUGUGCUUCUCCUCGGCUCAUGCACUCCGAGCAGCAGCGGCGACGCUCAGCGCUCUCUCGGGCAAGGCCGACGAGGCCUUCCUGACUUCCGCGUCGUGGAUGGGCGCAGACUUGGCGACGAAGGACGACUGUAGGGAGCUGGCGGAGCAGUGUCGCAAGAGCCUGCAGCGCUACAUGGACAGUCAGCUUGAGGCCGCGCAUGACCCUUUGUGGAGAACUCAUGCCGAGGAGACUCUCCGUCAACAACUUCCCGUGGAUGACGACCCUGACGGCCCUGACGGCAUCUCCUUCAUGGGCCUCGUCGAUCUGUAUUUAAAAGGAGCCCAUCACUUGGACACUCAGGAUUCCGUCCAGGCAGCUCGUGUGGCUGGCUUUGAUGAGGCUUGUCGACACAGCUGCUGCGUUCUGGGUGUCAAGGCCGCCGCGGAGGCGGCCGCCGCAGCCACGGAGCUCAUCGCGGAGCGCGUGUCCGAGCCGGAGGCCCGGGGUCCUUGCCGGCUUUGCGCUUUGGUUGGGCCGAGCUUUACGGGAGCUCGAAGCUGGCUAAGGGUGCCCUGUGCUGGACGCAAAGCUUGGGAGAAAGGCCUUGCAAAGGGCCGGUCCCACGCACUACGCCUGGGCAUCGCGGUGAUGCUCACAGGCUUCUUUGUGAUCUAUGUGCUGCGGCGCUUCUCGGAGAAUGACAACGGGCUCUGGACUUUGCUGACUGUAGCGAUGGGCAUCAUGCCAAUGGAAGGAGCUUCCUUGCUGCGGGGGCUCCGUCGCCUGGUAGGCACAGCUGUGGGCUCCAUUCUCGCCUUGGCCUCUGUGGCCGCUGUGGGGUCUUGGCCCUUCUUCCCGGAGCUCACGCCUCAUGUCUGCUUGCUGGCGCUCGUGAUGAAAUUCUACGAGCCCGAGCUGCAGUUCGCCGGCGCCAUCACGUUCGUCACCUACCUGGUCGUGCUUCUAACCCUGAUUGAUUCCGAGAAGACGGCGGACGGCGCCCCGGUGAUGCCGGCCGCGGAGUCCAUUGCCCUGCGGCGUUGUGUGGAUGUCGCUGCCGGCGUGAUGCUGGCCAUGGUGGCGAACGUCUUCAUUGCACCCGACAGGGCUGUUGAUCAGCUCCGCCUGCGCGAGGCCACAGCCAUACGAACUGCAGCCGAAGCAUUGAAGGAAGCUGGCAGAGUCCUCUGGGCCAAAGCUGCCAGGAUGGAGACUGCCGGCAAAUGGGAGCAACUGAAGUUGGACACGUGGAAGUCUGUGGAGGAGCUCCAGUUCGCAGGAGACGGGCACCCAGGAAAGGGCGACUUGCUCGAAGAGGUGCUUUGGGAGAGUCGCUGGGGUGUGGAUGCCGGGUUUCUGGUGCUCAGCCGCAUCCUUUGGGUUCCUGGCUGGGCCCCCUCCGUGCCCGGUCGGCGAUGCAUCAACGCCGUCAUCGCAGCAAGCCGGCUGGUGCGGAUCACGAACGUGCUAUGCCACGUUCUGGAGCCGGGCUUGGAGGAGGGCGCACAGCGGCCGCUGGAGGACCAGGGGGUGCUCUCCGCCCUGGGCCCGGAGGCUGCCGACUUCACCUCCUUGCUGGACGAAGCGGUGGAUCGCCUCGCAGCACGCCUGCAGCCCGACAACUGCAGUGCCAAGAAGGCCCCAUGGCCUCAGAAAGAGCUCGCAAGUCUGGAGCAGCGCUUGGAGCGGCUCUUCGUCGCCUCAGCCUCUGCUAGGCACCGGAACGGUGGUUUGAUCGGCGAGUCCAAGUCGCUCGGCGGCCUCCGCGCGGCCGCCGCCUUGAAGCUCGUGCACGGUGCAGUCGACACUUUCAUCACUCUCGCCAGGCAGCUGGAAGGCAGCAUCCAUGAAGACAAGCACUCACUCCACAUGUCGCUGAGCAGGCAUGCAGUUGACGAGUCAGAAUCAGAGUCGACCGGCUCAAGUGAUGAGGGGCUUUGCUAA